AGCCCCCGAACUAGGCCUAAGGAAAUUCAAACUAAAAACCAAAAAAAGUAAAGAAAAGAACAUUUCUUACUCAAGGGGGCACAACAAAAAGAAAAUAUUCAUUAGAGAAUGCGUGAAAAACAGCGAUUUCGCCCGGUGACUUUCUUCAAAUUCCUAGCUUUAUUUCUCGCAGUUGGACUUGCGGAUGGAUUAAGAGAUGAUUUGCCACAAACUUAUGAAGCCGAAGUAGACAAUGUUGCCGCCUUGGAGAGAAAUCAAAGAUCGUUCCGAUAUGACGUAUACGGUCCGGGAAGAAGGUCAAGCUACCAGAAUGACGACAGCAAUCUUUGCAUUCCAAUGUGCGCUAACGGCGGAACGUGUGUUAACAAAACGUGCGUCUGUCCUGAUGGGUGGCGCGGAAGAAGUUGCAGAGAAGAGGUCUGCUCGCCCGAGUGUUUAAACGGUGGUAGCUGUGAAAAUGGAAAGUGCAAAUGCCCUUCAGGCUGGGAAGGAGACCGUUGUCAAAAUAUUGCGUGUACGAAGGUCUGUGCAAAUGGGGCAGCAUGUGUGAACGAUACAUGUGUUUGUAUUAAUGGCUGGGCAGGAGAACUUUGUACCAAAGCUACUUGUAUUCCGUACUGUAAGAACGGGGGAACCUGCGGAAGCCAACCAAACAAAUGUAUUUGCCCAAAUGGAUAUAACGACAAAACUAACUGCGAGGCGUCAUAUUGUAAUCCUGAUUGUGGUGUUGGCGGAAUUUGCGCCUAUAACGUCGCUGAGGGUAAAAUGAAGUGUACAUGCAAGCAGGGAUACUUCGGUGCCGCGUGUGACCAAGUUUUGAAUCUUUAA